CCACACUAAUGUAGUCUGCUUAGGUCUGAUCAGCCUGAGCCACACAAUUGUUCUGUGACUUUCUGAAUCCUUAUUUCUGGGGGCCUUCUUCACAUUCAGGUUUAUACUGCUCAGAAACAGUGUGCUUGUGGUGUUCAUUUUAUCCUGACCACCCUCUGCCAAAGAAAUCCAGAUGACAUGGAACCCACUGAAGACAAUACAUGAACAAUGGCUGUCUUGGAAAUAACUCUGGCAGUCAUCCUGACUCUUCUGGGAUUUGCCAUUCUGGCUAUUUUGCUAACGAGGUGGACACGUCGCAAGCACAAUGAAAUUGAUGUAUCAAGAUACAAUUCAGAACAAAGUGCUGGUCUUCUGGACUAUGAAGAUGGUAGAGAUUUUUCCUCUCGGAGAUCUACAAGAGGAAGAGGAUUUCGACAUUCAUAUUCAACAGAAAGUGAGGCAUCCAGAGAAUAUUAUACACCAUCAGCCAACUCCUCAGCGCUGUCUCAAUCAACUACUGGUGAUGCAAAGGACUUAAAAGCAACUCCAGAACCUUUCUCUGGCACUGCAGGACCCAUAACUGGAGCUAUUGGACCUAUAAUGCAAUUCUCAGCACCUAUCCCUGGAGCCACAGGACCUAUAAAGCUCUCUCAAAAAACCAUUGUGCAAACUCCAGGACCUAUUGUGCAAUAUACUGGACCCAGUAGUAAUGAAACCUCAGAAGUGACCACUGCAGGAUCCUCUGUGGAGUCAACUCAUCAACCAAUCACAAGACCAACUCCACAUGCCCUCACUGCUCCACCUUCAAUGCCUGGUGGUCUGCCCCUGGCACCCAUAAUGAUUUCACAGAGAACAUCAACCAGACCCGAGAAAUCUACCAUAAGACAACAAAAGCAAACACAUGCAGCAGUACCUCUCAUUGCUCCAGUGCCUAUUGCAAUUGGUCCAGUAGCAGCUGUGGACAGUACUGGGAAAAUCACACUAUCUCCUGUGGUUAUAUUUCCAGGUUACAUGAAUGGAGAAUUUGCAAAAAAAUCUGAUUCCAGAGCCCAGAUUCAAAAAAGUGGAAGCAUUAAAAAAUCUCAAAGUAGCCAAGAAGAAAACAAGGCAAAACUACAGAAGGGCAUUGUUUUCAUGGAUCCUGAUGAAUCCUUGACAUCAGCAAGCAAAACAGAGUCAAAAGGCAAAGCAAAAGGGACCGAGUUGGAGAAAAGCAAGAUAGGAAUGAAGGUCAAAGUAAAGGAGAGCGAUGCCAAGAUGCUCAAAAGACAAGAGGCACAAAUAAAAGAGAGUGACAUGAGAACACCAAAAGGACAGGAAUUUCAAGAAAAGGAACAUGAGGCUGGAAUGCCAAAAGAACAGGAGAUCCAAGUAAAGAAGAAUGAGGCUGGAAUACUAAAAGGAGAGAAGGCCCAAGUAAAGAAAAGUGAAACAGGAUCACCAAAAGGACAGGGGACCCAAAGAGAAGAGAGAAAGGCUGGAAUAUCAGAAGGACAAGAGGCCCUAGGAAAACAGAGUGAGGCUGGGAUACCAGAAGGACAGGAGACCCUUGGGAAGGACAGUGAGGCUGGGAUACAAGAAGGAGAGGAGACCCUUGGGAAGGAGAGUGAGGCAGGGAUACCAGAAGGAGAGGAUACCCUUGGGAAGGAGAGUCAGGCUGUGGGGAAGGAGGAGGCAGGGAUACCAGAAGGAGAGGAUACCCUUGGGAAGGAGAGUCAGGCUGCGAUACCAGAAGGACAGAAGGCCCUUGGGAAGGAGAGUGAGGCUGGGAUACCCAAAAGAAAGUAGUCCCAAGAAAAGAAGGUCAGUUCUGCGGAUAAUAGAAAGCAGGACAAAGAAAGGGAAAAUGCAGGGGAAAAUAAAGAAGAAAAAAAUACUAAAAACAAGAGAAGUGGUGAAGAAAAGGACAAAGUCAAAGGAAAGAAAAAAAUCAGAAGUCAAGGAUAAAAAGCAGACAGGCCAGUAAAAAGCAAAAGUUAGUAAAGGAAAGAAGAACAGAUGACAGAAGAGUAAGAAUAAAUACAAGGAAGGCCAUACGACAGCUGAUUAUAAAGACCCCAUCCUUCAGACCUAAGUCAUACCCUAGUCAUUGCCUAAUGGAUCCUAUUUACCUAAUUCCUUAAUGUAUCUGCUGACUUUCUGCUUGUUGGAAUUUUCAUCGUUUUUAGACUUCUCAGCACAGAUCUUAGCUUCUGAUUUUUUGUUUUAUAAGUUGAUAAUUACUUAGUCAUGAAAGACUGGACACUUUCUGAAAGAAAACAUUUUGAUUAAAGAAAUAUAUGAUAACUUCCUUUGAUAAGUAUUAAAACUCUGAUAACCUGACCAAUUAACCAUCUAAUAACUCUUCAUAGUGAGUCUAAUAUUUACAUGGUGCUGUUCUAGCAAUAAAAGAUACACAGA